AAUAAAAAGGCUAAAAGUAUACAUGAAAUAUUGUUAAUCAAUGAAUAAGCAAAACUUUGCUAAGACUUAAUUUAAUUAAUUUUCAAUAAUAACGAGGUGACAAAUUUUCAAAGUUGUAAAGUUGCUUGUGGGCAACUUUGGGCCGUUGGAAUACAAAAUAUAUAUACACCAUAGUAUGAGACCGAAAGAGAAAGGUUUAUCAAAUGAUGACAUUGAAAGGAUUAUCAACUUCGAUUGGGAUGCCUCCACUGACGAAGAAAGUGGUGAUGAAAUGGAAGAUAUCUCUGCAGUGCUGGAGAAGAAUUUAAAAGAUAUCGUGGACAAAGGAGAAUCAAUAGAAAUUGAAUAUAUUGACAACUUUAUCGAAGAAGAAUGUAACCAGGAACCUAGUGCUGUGGCUAAGAGUUGCUUUGAAAAAGUUGAUCCCAAGACAUUAAAAUGGAGAACAAGGCCAUUUGAAGCUCCAAAAAGUAUUUGGGAAGCAGACGAUAAACUCCAAGUCGGUAGCGUCAUGACACCUGUAGAAUAUUUCUGCACCUUUUUUGAUAUCAAAGUAAUUGACUUGAUAACAAAUCAAACGAAUUUGUAUGGGUUGCAAGAGCACGGCAUAGAGCUUCAAUGCACCGGAGAUCUUAUCAAGCGAUAUAUUGGAAUUUUGUUAUACUUGGGAGUAAUAAAAGUUCCGCAACUGAAAAUGGCUUGGUCAAAAGAGUUAAAGCUUACUGCUAUAUCAGAUUCAAUGCCACGAGGAAGGUUUGAAAAAAUCAAACAAUGUUUACAUUUCAACGAUAACAAUAAACAAUCCAAAAAAGGAGAUGUGAAUUAUGAUAAGCUGUACAAGAUACGCCCUUUACUAGACAUUCUCAAAGAAAGUUUCGGUAAACUACCCCAAGAAGAGCAUCAAAGCGUUGAUGAGCAAAUCAUUGCGUACAAAGGUCAAUCCUCAUAUAAGCAAUACAAUCCAGCUAAGCCUCACAAAUGGGGUCUGAAAAUGUUUACUCGUGCUGGAACAUCUGGAUUAGUUUACAACUUUACGCUGUAUGUUGGUGAAGGCACCUGCCCUUGUUUUGGAUUGGGAAUAUCAUCGGAUGUAGUAUUAUAUUUAGCAAAAGGGCUUCCCGAAGGCAAACCUUUCAAGCUUUAUUUUGACAAUUGGUUUACGUCAGUUAGUCUUUUGAUUGCAUUGAAGGAAAUGGGCAUAUUUGCAACUGGAACUAUCCGCAAAAAUCGCAUAAGCAAUUGCCAACUUCUUUCAGAUGCAGAAUUGAAAAAACGUGGAAGAGGAUCUUUUGAUACAAAAUAUGAAGUUAACAAAAAUCUUGCAUGUGUAAAAUGGUUUGACAAUAAGUCAGUUCAACUUCUAUCUUCGUGUGAAGACCAUCAACCAGUUGGGAUAUGCAAACGAUGGAGUCCAAAAGAUAAAGCUUACAUUGAUGUAGCAAGGCCUGCUAUUGUAGCUUCGUACAAUAAGGGUAUGGGAGGAGUCGAUUUAGCGGACAUGCUCAUGGAGUUGUACAAAGUCAACCACCGUUCCAGAAAGUGGUACAUGAGAAUUUUUUAUUGGUGCUUGGGAACAUCAAUGACAAAUGCAUGGCUACUGUACAGAAAGCAUUUUCAAAUGAUAAAUCCGAACCAAAAGUAUAUGCCGCUUAUAAAAUUUCAAAUGGAAGUUGCACAUGAGCUGCUACAAUGUACUGACUCUACUUUGUUCGAAAAAAAGAGAGGACGGCCAUCAAAUGCACAAAAGGAAAGCUCAGUCAUAUCCUUGGGGUCUCCAUCAAGCAGUGUGUCUUCGAAUCAAUCCAAAAAAUAUAGGUUUCAGCCCGAUCCUACAACUUCUCUGCGUUACGAUAAAUUGGAACAUUGGGUGGUAUUUGCUGAAAAAGGACGUUGCAGAUUGUGCAAGACAGGUACUCCAAUGUCGAAAUGCAAUAAAUGUAAGGUCCACCUUUGCUGCAACAACAAUAAAAACUGUUUUAUAAGUUACCAUACUUAAAUUUUUAAAAUAAAAGAAAUUAACUGUCACCUAAGGAUUUUUCUUUAAGUUUACCACCCCUGCCCAAGGUUGCUCACAAGCAACUUCCGGUAGCGCCAAAAAUAGUGGGCGUGGCGCCUUAAAAAUUUUUCUCAAAUACUUCUAAGGCCAAUAAAAAACGAA